AUGGUGAAUGUUUCACCAAGUAAGACACUGGCUCAAAACUUGCACUACUGGUUUACGGCCAUAAUCAUAACAGAUUUCAUACUGAUAUUGAGUACAAAUAUCAGUAUUAGCAAGCAGUGGUACCGUGUAAACAAGGAUCGGCUGUGCCCCGAGCUAAUCAAGAAGUUCGUCCAAUUGUACCCUGAUGAAGAAACCAAGGAGUUUCUAUCGGCCUCCAUAGAUAAGUCCUCGUGGGUGUGGACGCAGAUCUGGUACCUGCUUGCCAAAGCUGUGUUGAGACACUUUUGGUCCGUCACUGAUAUUAAUGGCCUAUUUCAAAAAUGUCUGUCUACAAGGACCCAUGUAACAAGCCGCGAUCAAUUCUUCCUCAGCAGUUAUAAGAAGAACCGAUGA